AUGAUUACAGUACCAACAUCUACAAAGCCAAAGCCAAACCCACUGCGCAACCUCGGAUUCCACUCAUUCCAAUUCCCAAUUCCAAUUUCAUUCCCGUGGUGGGCACCGUGGGCCGGCAUCCUCGCCUUAAUCGGCCUAAGCCUCGUGGUGGCAAUCGCAUACGUCCGUGGACAGGGAUAUCCCAACCGGGACCUGGCAAACCCGGCCGUGUGGUCCGCCCUCUCCGAUAUGGAAAAAGCCAACGCCAGCCAGAACCCUGAAUCGCCACCCCCUGCCUCUGCUCUCCAUGUCUUGAAGCCACUGUCGCUUUGUGGGACCUUCCCGAGUAGUGGGGCGGUGGCAGCUAGAGCGCGUGAACAAAUGCAGAUGCACAUGCAGACUUCCUCGGGCUUGGCCUUGGCCUUGGGCGAUUCACCGGGGAUGCCUGAAUUGGAGGCUCACCCUCAUCCUCACCAGGCUAGUGAUGGGGGCGAGAAUGGGUUGCAGUUGCAAAGGCGGAGUGGGAUGGUGCAGACUAUGUAUGAGACGGACGAGACGGGGGCGAGAACCUUUCGCCGGUUAGUGGUUGAGUACAAUUAG